ACAAUGUCCCAGUUUGACCAUUGAAGAGCAGUCUUCGAACCCACGUCUCUGCAACUCUCUCUCUCUCUCUCUCGCUCUCUCUCUCUCUUUCAUUGAUGCUUUCACUUCAUCUUCUUUCUUUCAUUCCCACCUCUCUCUCUUCCUCUUCACGCUAAAAAAUUCCUCUCUGAUUCACAUCAAAUUCAAUUACCCAUUUUUUCCUAUCUAUAAACCACACAACAAAAACGUAGCCCCAAAAAAAAAAAUUCAUCUUUCUCGCGUUUCAUCUGCAUUUUCAUUUCUUUCAGAUAAAGUUUGUAUUUUUAUAUAAAAGCGAAUUCUGAAACUUUGCCCACCAAUCGAUCCUUGAGAAACGAUGUCGUUUGAGGAGGAGGAGGCGUUCGAGCACACACUCCUGGUAGUCCGAGAGGUCUCGGUUUACAAAAUCCCUCCCCGAACCACCUCAGGCGGGUACAAGUGUGGCGAAUGGCUCCAAUCCGAUAAGAUCUGGUCGGGUCGGCUCCGGGUCGUGUCGUGCAAGGACCGGUGUGAGAUCCGCCUCGAGGAUCCGAACUCCGGCGAUCUAUUCGCUGCCUGCUUCGUUCACCCUGGUCAGCGUGAGAACGCCGUUGAGACCGUCCUCGACUCGUCGCGUUACUUCGUGUUGAAGAUCGAGGACGGUACGGGAAAACAUGCGUUCAUCGGUUUAGGGUUCUCGGAGCGGAACGAAGCGUUCGAUUUCAAUGUGGCUCUGUCGGACCACGAGAAGUACGUGCGGAGAGAGCACGAGAAGGAAACCACCGGCGGCGAAGCCAGCGACGACACGCACAUCGAUAUCCACCCGGCCGUCAAUCAUAGAUUGAAGGAAGGUGAAACUAUACGGAUAAAUGUGAAGCCGAAGCCGAGUUCGAGUGGGACUGGGAUGCUUUCAGCGGCUGGGCUUUCUGGGACGGGAAAGCCCAAAGCAGUGGCACUUGCUCCACCACCUGGGUCUGGGAAAAUAAGGUCUCCAUUGCCACCCCCUCCUAAUGAUCCUAUUGCUGCUCGGAUGACAUCUUCUUCUGAUCACAGUGUUAGCGCUGGCCUUAGAGUUCCUAAGGAAAAAUCCAGUGAUUCUUUAUCAGAUCUUUCUCCUCUUGAGGUUUUCGUUACUAGCAGCAUUAGAUGCCAAUUGCCAAGAAUAUAAAAGCAUUGUUGUUAGAACGGAGUUGGGAAUUACUGAUUGGUUUGUUGAAGAUUUGGACUGGGGCAAAACUUGGUCGUCUGUCUAUGAUGUUACUGCAUUUAGAUCUUUACUACCAGAUGAAUAGUAUAUUUGGAAUAAUUUUUCUUUGUAUUUAAUUGAUGAUUAUAUAAAUUUCUACUUUGAUAUCCUUAUCUGUAUUAUUGGGGCCUAGUCCCUAAGGUUGACAUUGACGUUGUCUUGCUAGAUGUUAGUUUAUUCUUAGAUCCCAUUUGGAGAAAAGGCAAGCCGAGUAUUUUUAAACAGCAUGGUUUUUAAUGUGUUUAGGUGGAACAGUUACAUGUGUUGCCCGACUGCUUUAUUAUAAUUCUACUGAUCACUGAGGAA